AACCCAAUCUUCCUGCAUGCUGAACAAAAGACCUCAGGCCUUGACCACGUGACCCAGGUAUGUAAAUUAGGCGUUGGAUCUCCCGUGUUACGAAGUGUGCUGCGGACGUGCGUCAAAGCGACAGCCUAAGGCGCCAAGUAGUGACUGUCGCUCCGUCCGGCCGGUACACCUAUUCCGGACCAUCAAGGCUUGUUACAUAUACACAACAGGAAACGUUCACGAUGCUAGCCAGGCUGAUUUUUCUCGCCUGCUUGCUGGCACUGAUCGGGCUUGUAGCCUCACAACACGAUGAUCACGCACACGAGGGAGAAGAGCCUUUUCACGAGGUUCUGGAGCUUCUGGGAGCCGAGGAGAACAGCACGACUCUCACCACUGCGCACGUCGAGGACCUUGUGGGAAGGCUCAAGGCGAGGGUACGGUGUUCGCAACAGGACCUGGGCCCAGGCGUCACCUGUGCUACGUGUUUAACAGCUACAAGUCUGAUCCAGGCCGCUGCGGGAGAUAACAGCGCAACUACGCUUGACGAAGAGGGUUUCCACAAUGCUUCUGUAAUUCUGCUGCUGUAUCUCACCGAUCUUGCGGGCGUGUGCAAAAACGAGACCGACCCGAGUGCAAAAGGGCUUUCCUGGUUUGAAGACCGUCUGCUACAGUACACACACAGCACGAGCGACGACAGACUCAGCGAUCACAGCUUUGAACACGUCUUGGAAGACAUUCAGACGAACUACACCGUGGAAAACUGGGGGCAGUGUUUCAGUGCAGAAUCAGUGUUUACGGAACUGAACAUCACCAACACCAGUGGAGGGGCGACGCGUCAGGAGCUCGGAGAAGUCGCGGCUAUAACGGUCGUCAACGUGCUGAAAGGGUGGUGCAUCGGACAGGCAACUCUACCACAGCAAGGCUUCUUCCUCGACCACCUGUUUGAGCUACUGAACGCAACAAAUGGCGUCAUCACAGCGGCGGCCUUUGAGGGCAUGUUCACCUCGCUGGGGAUCGGUGGGGACAGCCACGGGCACGCGGAGGAGGAGGGGGAGGAUGCACAUGACCACAGGCGGAGACGAGACGUCGGCAGGUCCAGGGUGAAACGAGCAUCACACGAACAUGAACAUGACCAUGAAGGAGCGGAGUUCGAACAGACAUGUUUCAGCCCCGACCAGUUGAUGCAGCUGUACCUGGUAGACGAGGAAAGCGGUCUGACCCAGGCACAGUUUAAGGAGAUAACUCCUGCCAUAGUCCAGCAGGUCUACAGUAAGGUGUGUGCUGCACAGGACACCCCCACCACAACCAGACUCACCGAGGCUGAAAGUGAGUAUUGUCCACACAUGUGCUGGACUAUGCUUCAGAACGGCAUUAAUUUUAAUUCCUGGUCCUGGUUAUUUAUGCAGGAGCAAAUUGACAUUGACAACCCCAUGAGUACCAUGAACGGGGAGAAGCCUGCUACCCCCAGUCAUGAGAAGAAGAUGUCGGUGUCGAAACAACAGCUGACCAAUGCAGAGAGCACAGUGACAGUUGACCAGGACGCAGAAGGACAGGAUGAAGAUGAUCCUAAGAAGAAGCACUAUGUCUGCUGCAAAGGCUUCACCUCGCUGGCCAUGCUGAUCAUCAUCGGAGACGGGAUGCACAACCUGAGCGAUGGGCUGGCCAUCGGGAUCGCCUUCGCCGGGAGUCUGUCUGUUGGCGUGUCCACCUCCAUCGCUGUGCUGGCACACGAGCUGCCACACGAGAUCGGUGACUUUGCCAUCCUGCUGAAGUGUGGGAUGAGCUACAAGCAGGCCCUCCUGUGGAACUUCAUCUCCGCCAUGGCCGCGUUCCUCGGACUGUACAUCGGACUGGCCAUCGGAUCGGACAUUUCAAACAGGCAGUGGAUCUUUGCCAUCAUCGCUGGGAUGUUCUUGUACAUCGCACUGGUGGAUAUGAUGCCUGAGCUUGCCGAACACAAGUCGAAGCGACCAGUUGUGACGUUCAUUGUGCAGAACGUUGGGUUCCUGCUGGGUGUGGUCGCCCUCCUGAUGCUGGCUCUGUACGAGGACCAGAUCCAAGUGAGCCUGACCUAGUGAAGGACAGCUGCAGAGUAUUCAUGCAUGCAUCAUGACAAUCAAGUCAAUUUGACUUUAGGGUUUACGUUCAGAAGUGAUCGGUCCUAAAUUGUCCUGAUGAAGGCCAAAGUGAUCUCUGUGUACCCUUUGUGUUGGAAUAAACUUUAUUGAUUAUUACAUGACAUUUACAUGACAAGAUUAUUACCAACACAUGCCAAUUCAACUUCUUGGUUCUUGGAUUUUUUAGGGAUGUAAUGGAGUAGGUGGGCUACAUAAAAACACUAAUGGAAAAGAAACUGAUGUGUUUAAUCUGGUUAACAUGUCAAACUAUGGAUUUUCAACUUUUGAUGCAUUCACAAGUGGAAAAACUGUCAACAGCAUGGACUUUCUUCAACUGCCAAAAUAAAAGCAUUUCGGGGGUUCAUAUCCUGUAUGAUGCAUUUUCUUUAACCAUGAAAAAAUGAAGCGACAAAUCCAAGAAGUUAUUGCCAUGCAGCAAGCUAGUUGUUUUGUACUUGUGAUCAAGAACUAUAACUUAUUGUGAUGUGUGAUUCUAUGAGUUACAGGGUGGUGAUUGUUGUAACAAACCAUAUAUGAGAGCUGUUUUUAUGUGGAAGUUGGAUCUGUGUAUGUUUGGGAAGAGAGUUUCUGAAACAGAUUUCCAGAGCAAAUCAAUCUGACAAGAGAAUUUUAUUGUUACUGGUUGUGCUUAAACAAUGAUUGCUGUGUACCAUUUGUGCUUGAAUUUUGUGUCAAUAAUUUGUCAAAGAAUAUUGUUAUAUCUUGAUAUAAGGCGACUUUCUGUCUGACAGACAACACUUACUUAAGAUAUCACAUUAAAGGAAACCCUAUUCUCUAUCUGUAAAGCUGGUAUAACUGACAUUCAGUAUAGCACACCAGCUUCUGCAUCUGCGUAUGUAUAGCCAGUAUAAUCAACCUCUGGAGAGUAACAUACCAUCCAGGUAUACAAAAGGCUUGGUACCUGACUUAAGUUGUGGUGGUAAAAGAUGGUGUAAAGAGAGGAAUGGCCCCUUCCAAUACCGUGCCUAUGCUUAAAGACACUGUGACUGAGUUACUAGUGCCGACCCGCCCUUAAGGCCAAAUAUAUCUAAAAGGCUAUAGAACUACAUGUACCUUUACCACACUUUUUACUAAUUUUUAAACAUGUUCACAAAAUGGUAUGGUGGAUUAGUGCUUGAGUCAAGCUUUCGAUAUCAAUCAGAGAUGACCAGGGGGUUCAUACAUGUAUAUAACAUUAUAAUUAUAUUGUUCCUUGACAUGAACGAGAUUUUGCAGGAGCCAAUACUGGUAAUCAUUUGCCUUUAUAUUGAAAAUUGUAAGAGAAAUUUAUUGGUAAAUGUAAGAGAAAUUUAUUGGUAACAUAUGUACGUGUAUGUAUACAGUUUAUUACAUGUAACUAUAUAAUGUUCAGAAUCUGAUGGAUGUAAUAUUUUUGAAAAAGACUGAAAAUGAUGAUUGAAAUAUAUUUUCUCUGGUGUUAAUAAAAGAUUUUCUAGU